AUGGACUUUCAUGAGGUGGAAGCAGAUGGUAUUUACGUUGUCGAUCUUGCUCCAGGCGCUCGGGUCAAAUCAGCAAACGAUAAGAAUCAGGUGGGACUGCUGCCAGCUUUGCAUAUAUCCUGGCCUUAUGAUGAGUCUCUGAACUUAGUAGGCAACCAAGAAUCACCCUUUCCAACUCUCAACAAGGAGCCGCCCUUCAAUGCAAUUUUAGACCUUGAUUCUCCGGCCGUCGAAGAUCUCUUCAGACACCUGCGUACAUCUAUUACAAUCCGACUGUCCUCGAUUCCGGUAACUGAUCUUAUGGGAAUUCCUCGGCAACAAAUAGCAAUUCUAUUCUCUGGCGGCCUUGACUGUACGCUAAUUGCACGCAUCGCUCAUGAUGUACUUCCUUCUCAAAUUGAAAUCGACCUUCUCAAUGUGGCAUUCGAGAACCCCAGGGUAGUUGAAGCAGCUAACAAAUCUGACAGUGCAACGUCCAAUUCCUACUCGGUUUAUGAGCGUUGUCCGGAUCGCCUGACUGGACGCUCGUCUUACGAGGAGUUGCGCAAAGUCUGCCCAUCUCGAAAGUGGCGCUUUGUCGCAAUCAACAUACCAUACUCAGAGACCUUCUCUCACAGAUCUACAGUACUGACGUUGCUUCUACCACAUAACACUGAAAUGGAUCUAUCGAUAGGCUACGCCCUUUACUUUGCAAGCCGAGGCUGCGGGCUUAUCGCGACAGAACAUGGCUCAGACGUCUUCUUCACCACACCUGCCAAAGUCCUUCUUUCUGGUUUGGGAGCUGACGAACUAUUUGGUGGUUAUCAACGACAUGCGACUGCAUAUGAUCGACGCGGCCAUUCAGGCCUCGCUGACGAAUUGGAGCUUGAUUUUAAAAGGAUUGGCAAGCGCAAUCUAGGUAGGGAUGACCGCAUCAUUUCACACUGGGGGAAGGAGGUCAGGUACCCCUACUUGGAUGAAGAUGUGGUAACAUGGGCUCUGAAAGCACCCAUCUCUCACAAAUGCGGCUUUGGGCAGGAUCGCGGAGCAAAACCCUCGUUGGACCCUAGUAAGAAGAUUCUGCGGCUUCUUGCCUGGCAACUUGGAGUUCGCGUUGCCGCGGGCGAGAAGAAGCGAGCCAUACAAUUUGGUGCGAGGACCGCUAGAAUGGAGACAGGAAAGAAGAAAGGCACCCAGCUGGUAUCGGAGGAGCACUAG